UUGCGCGAGGCGCGUCUUUGUGGCGCGGUUUCCGGGCGGCCCUUUUCCUGUGCAUGCGGCGCUGUGUCCCGAGUUGUAGACAGCAAUGGCCCCGCGCGUCUGGCGUCGACGGACCUUGGAGCGGUGUCUGAAGGAGGUUGAUAAAGCCACCGGCCAGCCAGAGUGCUUUCUCACGAUUCAAGAUGAAUUGGCAUCAAACUUCACUUCAUUAACAAAAGUACUUUAUGAUUUUAAUAAAAUAUUAGAGAAUGACAGGAUCCACGGAAGUCCGUUAAAAAAACUGGUGAUAGACAAUUUUGAUGAUGAGCAGAUUUGGCAACAACUAGAAUUGCAAAAUGAACCAAUUUUACAGUACUUCCAGAAUGCAGUUAGUAAAACCAUUAAAGACAAAGACAUCAGUCUUCUUCCAGAGAAUGAAGAGCAGGAGUGUGAAGAGGAUGGCUCAGAGGUGGAGUCUGAUGGCCAGGAGGCCCUCAUACAAGAUCUGGAGGAGGAGGAAGUGGCUGACCUGAGUGGUGAUGAUUCUAAAGUGGAUGAGAGAGCUAAAAACUUGAGCAAAGUUGAUCUGAGGAAAAGUCCAGUUUUCAGUGAUGAGGAUUCUGAUCUUGAUUUUGAUAUCAGCAAAUUGGAGCAACAGAGCAAGGUGCAAGACAAAGUGCCUAGGAAACCAAGAGAGAAGUCCAUAGUAGAUGAUAAAUUUUUCAAACUGUCUGAAAUGGAGACCUUUUUAGAAAACAUGGAAAAGGAAGAAGAACAAAAAGAUGAUGAGGAAGAGGAAGACAUUGAUUUUUUUGAAGACGUUGAUUCUGAUGAAGAUGAGGGAGAACUGCUUAGAAGUCAAAAACCUAAGUCAGGUAAAAGUUCCAGAAACUUGAAAUACAAAGACUUCUUUGAUCCAGUUGAAAGUGAUGAAGAACUAGCAAGUGUUCAUGAUGAUGAACUGGGUUCAAAUGAAGAUGAGGAAGAAAUUGCUGACGAAGAAGGAGAAGGGAGCAUUUCUGAAACUGAUGAAGAUAAUGACCUUGAAGAGAGUGAAGACAGUAAACAACAUAAAGAAACCUCGAAAAGAGUGACCUUUGCUUUGCCAGAUGAUGAGGAAAGUGAGGAUACAAAUAUCUUAAAUGUACAGAAAGAUUCUGAUGAAGUUAAAUCCUCUUUUGAAAAAAGACAGGAAAAGAUGAAUGAAAAAAUUGCAUUUUUAGAAAAAGAGUUGUUGGAAAAAAAACCUUGGCAACUUCAAGGGGAAGUGACAGCUCAAAAGCGCCCAGAGAACAGCCUCCUAGAGGAGACUCUGCACUUUGACCACGCAGUCCGCAUGGGUACGGUGAUAGGGGAAGAGUCUUAUGUGAGCCUAGAAUGAAAUGAUAGAUUCUGUUAAUUUAUGUGCCUUCCAACUUGUACAUUGCAGGCUUGGGAUGAUGUAGUACGUAAAGAAAGACCUAAAGAGGAUGCAUAUGAAUAUAAAAAACGUUUAGCGUUAGACCAUGAGAAGAGCAAAUUGAGCCUCGCUGAAAUUUAUGAGCAGGAGUACAUCAAACUCAACCAGCAAAAAACAGCAGAAGAAGAAAAUCCAGAGCACAAAGAAAUUCAGAAGAUGAUGGAUUCCCUCUUCUUAAAAUUGGAUGCCCUCUCAAACUUUCACUUCAUCCCUAAACCACCUGUUCCAGAGAUUAAAAUUGUGUCAAAUCUGCCGGCCAUAACCAUGGAGGAGGUAGCCCCAGUGAGCGUGAGUGACGCAGCUCUCCUGGCCCCAGAGGAAGUCAAGGAAAAAAAUAAAGCCGGAGAUGUAAAAACAGCUGCUGAAAAAACAGCUACAGACAAGAAACGAGAAAGGAGGAAAAAGAAAUAUCAGAAGCAUAUGAAACUAAAAGAGAAGGAAAAGCGGAGAAAACUGCUUGAAAAGAACCACCCAGACCAAGCGGAGAAAUACACGAAGGCAGUGGCUUCUGAGAAGUUAAAACAGCUGACCAAGACAGGCAGAGCUUCACUACUAAAGGAUGAAGGUAAAGACAAAGCCUUAAAGUCAUCUCAAGCAUUCUUUUCCAAAUUACAAGAUCAAGUAAAAAUGCAAAUCAGCGAUGCAAAGAAAACAGAAAAGAAAAAGAAGAAAAGACAGGAUAUUUCUGUUCAUAAAUUAAAGCUGUAAUAUAUUUUGAAUAUAAUGUAAAUAUUAAUGCGUAAGCUUAUAUUCUGUCAUUGUUCUCUUUUAUAAUAAAUUUUUUGAGAACUUUUCCUU